AUCACAUGAUUAUCGUGAAUAAAUCGUUUUCAAAAAGCUCCGUUUUCAGGCAAAAUGUUUCAGUCCAAACGAAAUCGAAAAGCCGGCGUUCAGAGCAGUUGACCGGCGCAAUUCCUCCGGUUUAGAGAACGUUUUCGAAAGGCUUCAUUUUCUUGACGGAUUAGUGUGGACGGUAGGCCUAAUCGUAGAAAUAAAGCUACGCUUUCAAAUUUUUCCGGUGUAGUGUGGACGCUUCCUUAAUUAAAACAGACAUUCAAAUUCGCAAAGCAAACCUCACACCUCAUUCUAUCCAAAGUUAAGGUUCACACACCUACGUGGUACCGAACAAUUGUAGAAACAGAAAAAAUAGUUACCACGCGCUCCACUUUAAGCUUUUGUCCUCCCACAGAGCUUCAUGGGCACAAGGUCAUCAAACUGAAGGUAAGCCGACAAAGGCAAACAUCGACAAGAUGGAUUAGGUAGUUGUUCUCCGGCAGAAUGUGCACGGUGCAAGUUAAGCGGGAAACUCUCGGCAUGAAAGAAAUUAUUGGAACCGACUUCAACGCCAGUAAUUCUUAUCAAAAUAAGACUGCCGCAAAAGUUUGUAAACAUCGCAGGAUGCUUCGCUGUUUAUAGUUAAGCUGGGCUAAAUAUACCGUUGUAAAGAUUCUUGUUCUGUUGUUCAGUCCGUGAUGUCUUUGUACACGCUACAGCUUUUAAUAUUGUUCGCUUAUUUGAUUACGUGCUUCAGUGCUUCCAAAACCUUUUAAGCAAAGACCAAUAGUAAUAUUAACAAAGCAAAUUUUCUGAUUCUAUUAUAACACUCUGUUUGCAAACAUUUUGGAGUUUGUUGGUUUUCUGAUUACUUCCAGCCGUGUUCUGGAAGACUUUACUGAACGAGGAAUAAAAAUAGCCUUUAAUAACCGUUAUCUUACUUCUGAGCAGUUAAGUAUGCUUUGAUUAUGUCGCCAUCAAUCAAGAAUUUUCGAAUGAUCAGAAGUUGGGGUAAUUUCAGCAUUACUUUAAAAUAUGUUGGCUCCGGUGAAACAGUUGCAACUCAGGAGGGACAUGGAAAGCAAAACGUGUCAGCUCUAUUGCUAUUUCGAUACGUUCUCACAAACAGAUGAAUUACGGUUGCUUCGAUAUAAAAGGUUACAUAGCUUGUGUCAACCAAGGCUGAACCUUUCGAGAUUCAUUGCCUCAGGGGAAUCUUGCUUCUGAUAGGGCACAAGAAAGAAUUUUCAUGAACCAACGUUCGCAUCCGUUCCAGCCGUGCUUCAAUCUGUGCCUGGGUGAAGUGCGGAGCAGAACAGCAAUGCGCCGUCUGUUGAGAAUUUUUAUUAUUCUGUUUUCUUUCUGGACCAUUUCGUCAUCUGCAGAUGAGAAACUGAACGAAGUGACAGAUGAUGACGAAAAGAGGCUGUUGACAUUUUUGUUUGCUAAAUACGACCCAGAACUCCAUCCUGUGUUAAAGAAAACCGACACAGUUCAAGUAAAGUUUGGCAUUUCGCUACAUCAGAUAAUCGAAGUGGACUUCAAGAAUCAAAUUGUCAAGAGCAGCGUUUGGAUUAGACAGGAAUGGCACAAUCCGUAUUUGAUGUGGAAUGGUUCAAACUUUGGUGGAAUUGAUGCUAUCAACGUGGAUGCGAAAAAAGUGUGGAAACCUGACAUAUUCCUGUACAACAAUGUAGACGAUUCAGAUGAUGGGGCCCUAGAUCGAUUCAAGACUAAAGUUCAGAUCAAGUCAAGUGGAACACUCAUGUGGAUGGCGCCAAAAAUCGUGUCAAGUUCCUGUAAAUUUGACGUCACUUACUUUCCCUUUGACAGGCAGGUCUGUGGUAUGAAGUUCGGUUCAUGGACAUAUGACGGCUUUCGACUGGAUCUUAUUCCCGAGGGACAUCCCGGAGGCUGCGAUGGAGACAUCAAGAAGUUUAUCAGGCACGGCGAGUGGGACCUUAUCAGCAUGCCUUGUAGUCGUAACGAAGUUAUAUACAAGUGCUGUCCAGAGCCGUACCCUGACAUCACUUACACAAUGGACCUAAGAAGGCGUCACAUGUUUUACUUUAUCAAUAUGAUAGCUCCCUGUUUUCUUAUAUCAGCUCUGACCCUGUUAUCUUUUUAUUUGCCACCCGAGUCUGGUGAGCGGCUUACACUUGUCAUCACAAACCUUCUGGCCUUGACUGUUUUCAUGUUACUCGUGGUGGAAAUUAUACCGGCUACCUCUGAGACCGUGCCCCUGAUCUCUGUUUACUUCUAUGGCAGUGUCUUUGAGGUGGCCUUGGCUCUAGUUGCCACUUGUCUCGUCUUGAGGUGCUAUUUUAACAACCCUUCCCAUACACCUGUUCCAAACUGGGUGCGUCACGUUGUGCUGGGAUGGAUGGCACGGCUCACCAAGGUACCCGUAAAGAAGAUACUUCAUGGUAUUGAUCCUAAAGAGUCCUCGAAGAAAGCGCGAUCAACAUCAACAUCAACAUCAACAGAAGAAAACGAAACUCCAGAUCCUGAACCUGCUGUUCAUAAAAAGAUUCCAAAUACUUCACCGAACCAUUUGUCAAGCUCACAACAGCUGCAUGUCAAACCCACCUCACUAAAUGUACCUGGAGAUAUUCAGCCUCGUUUGAACCUUCUUCCAGCCAUUCAGCGCAUCCGAAACACGAACCAUCGUCUGAGCAUGCCUCCUAUUUACGACAAUAUUCAUAUCGGUGGUGCCAUGAAUGAUCUCAUUUCCAGCCGGACGGCUUCCAGGAUAAAUCUUACCGAGUCUGCCUCGCAACAUGCUAUCCCCAAUGUCAAGUCAACAGAUGACGUCACAGGUACUGAUCACGUGACCAGGACCCUCCUAGAGACUCAGGCCGCUAUGUCAAAAGAUGUUAGCGAGGUGGUGCGAUACAUUCAGGACCAGGAGAUGGGUGACCUCAUGAAGGAGGAGUGGCAACUCAUCGCUGUUAUCAUCGACAAGUUCUUUCUUUGGAUGUUUUUAAUAAUUUUGUGUGUAUCUACGGUUGUCAUUUUUAUGCAGGCUCCAAGUUAUGCUUGGAGUUAACCCUUUUUCAGUCUUUGGUUAAGAACGUAUAAGCGAUGACUAUAUAUUUGGCUGAAACGCAAACAAAUAAACAUGCACAAUUAAAGCUAAGCAGUUAGCAAGAUUCGUGAUUUACCUAGCAUCUUUAUUCUUUUCAUUAACAACUAGUGCAAGUUUAUUUACACUCAGGAUGUUGGAUCCGCUCGGACUGGCUAACAACCGGCCUUACUUAUGUAAAUAUUCACUAUAUCAUUAAAUUCAUGAUGCUAAGUAAUUUUGAGAUUGAUAGAAAUCAAGUGGCCGCCGAAAUUUCCCGUACAAGAUUUUAGUUUGGCAGCUAACGGACAUAAAAUGAAUUUGGACACAGCAAAGCAUGUUUGGGUACAGAAACGUUUGUUUUGUUUGUCAUAAAUACAUCACAAGGUUUAAUAAAGAAUUAAUAAGACCCUAGCUUUAAUCAAUUUUGUUACAUUUGUGUGCAAAUGCAGCAGCUGUCGAUCUAUUUGCGAAGCUGUAAAUAUAAUGGCCAUGGAUUGAACACAUUCCAUUCAGGAACUUAGGAGAGCCUGAAAUCGGCAGAGAGCUGAAGUCACGAAUGGCCCUACUUCCUAGUAUGUAAACAAUAGCUUCCAUUUGGCGCGAAAAUAUGUUCAGAUAUUUGUCC